GGGGGGUUUAUUAUCUUCUUUCUGUUCAAGUGCCAUUUCGUUGCAUGCAGUGCAGUCUAUAAAACAGAAUGCGUUCUCCGCGGGUCUCGAGUUUCCUAUCACUUAUCGUCAUUCGUAGCGUAUAAACAUAACAGCACGCGGUCAUUAGCUCUCGAUUCAUAUUGUUUACGUAUUCGUCUGGCACAUGGAAGGGCGGUCGGAGUGCGGCUGAAAUCGCGUCGGAAACCCCGCUUUCGUGUGAGACGACGGGCACGUAUCGCCGUUCGUGGCGUUCCCUCGAGGCGUCGUGAUCAGAGAUAUUGGGACGGGACCAUCGCCAAGGGCUCUGCGGACGCGCAAAAAUGUCAUCGAGCUACGCAGACGGGUUAUCGCCAUACGAAAACAAAGGAGUGCUGGGACUGGAGGAGAGAUAUGACAGCAUCGAGACUCUUCGGCUGAAAUGUGGUCUCCUGGCCGACUGGAUACAGGGCGCGCGUCACGUCGUCGUCCACACCGGCGCCGGUAUCAGCACCGCGGCGGGUAUUCCCGAUUUUCGGGGUACAAAUGGUGUAUGGACAUUGGAGCAGAAAGGUUUAAAACCUUCCAUGAACAUCUCUUUUGAUGAAGCGAUCCCUACAAAGACACAUAUGGCACUGAAAAAAUUGAUAGAGGCCAAAAAAGUUAAGUUUAUCAUAAGCCAAAAUAUAGAUGGACUACAUCUACGAUCAGGAGUACAGAGGCAGUAUCUUGCAGAGCUGCAUGGAAAUAUGUUUACAGAACAAUGUGACAAAUGUGGCAGACAAUUUAUUCGUAAUUUUGCAACCAAAAGUGUGGGGAAAAAAUCUUUAGAUACUGUAUGCAGAUCGGAACAGAUAGGUGGUCGUCCAUGCCGUGGCCGAAUGCACGACACCAUUCUUGAUUGGGAGCAUAAUUUACCAGACAGCGACUUGACACUGUCUGAUCUUCACUCCAGUGUCGCUGAUUUGAGUAUAUGCUUGGGAACGACGUUACAAAUUAUUCCAAGUGGUAAUCUGCCUUUAUAUACGAAAAAAUACGGAGGCCGUCUCGUUAUAUGUAAUCUGCAACCGACGAAACAUGAUAAGAAAGCUGACUUAAUCAUUAAUGGCAACGUUGAUGAGAUAAUAAUCGCGGUUAUGAAGAAAUUGGGAUUGGAAAUUCCAGAGUAUGAAAGCAGUAUGGAUCCGACACGAAAUUCUGACACAACGGCUAAAGAGAUGGACUGGACGAUUCCGACCAGCAGAGUAAAGGAGAUGAACGUGCUGUACAAAAAGGUGUGCAAGCCGAUGCGAAGGAAACGGAAAACUUUUAUGUACGAGAGGGAGAGAACAGACAAAAAGGAAACUAAAGCCAGGAAGCAAGCAUUUACAGUUAAGCAAGAAAUCAAAACAGAUGGUAAUAAUAUAACCACAUCAGGUGAAAUGUGUAAGACCGAUAAUGAUCUUGUGGUUGACGACUCUGUUAAGACAGAAGAAAACGCGGAGGAUGUUGAAACGUGUAGAUAUGCGAUGGAAGCAUCGGAGCAUACUGAUAUGAAAAUGAAUCAAACGGUGUAGUUUUAAUGAAGUAAUAAUUUCCCAUUCUACUAUUUCGAUUAUUAUUCUCAGUGUACGCUACAGUUACUUAUGAGUGCAUAAUUGAAUAAUGUUCAUUGUUCGUAUGAAAUAUGCGAUAGAUUUGCUGAUGUUCAAUAGGCAUUUGAAGCAUAUUCGCUGCACAUUUAGUAUUAAAUGUGACUCUUUUUCAUCUGUCCUCCCACUGUCUCCUUUUUCUUUUUCUCUUUAUUUCUCUGUUUAUUUUUUUUUAUUUAAAGAAAUAUACGAACAUGAACACAAUGAACAUAAUUUUAAAAUAAUUAUAUUUGCCAAGAUUGUUGUUUCUAUAUUCACAUAUAUUUUUAUUCGAAUUUGUGUAUUUAGAAAGCAAUAACAAAAUAUUGUUUUCGCCUCCGACAAGAGAAUAAUAUUUCGAAUCGUAUGAUUUUUAAAAUGCGUACUGAUUGAGUAUAAAACAUUUAACAUUAAAUGUGCAAUAAGAAUACGGUCCCAUAAUUUUGUUUCCAGGACAUGUCAUUUAUGAUGAAACCAGUGAAAAUAUUCCGAUAGUUGUAUAUAUUCUUAUUAGUGUCUACAAAGUUCCGUUUGCUGCAUCUGCUUUUUAUAACUAGCCUAUAUAUAUAUAAAUAUAUAUAUAUAUAUAUAUAUUUACGCAUAUGCAUAUUAGAUACUGCGACGAGAGAUUCGAUAUAGAGAGAUCAAAUCUCUCGACAAGCAACGUGUUCCAGAUUUCUCGUGCAUAAUGACGAUACUUUUUCCACUAUAGAUUAAUAAUAAGGUUUUUCGAUAAAAGAGAUCUUCCUAGAAGACAUUUCGCUAGUAAGAACUUCCAUAAGCUUUUUUUAAUUGAGAAUAGUUGAAUUUGAAGUAGUUGCUUGAUCAUAAUAAGAAGAACAAUACAGAUAUGAGAGCUGCCUAGAAUACAUAUAUAAUUUAUGCCCAUAAAUGGUUGAAAUGUCUCUGACAGAUUUUUAUAUUAUCUAUUAAAGAAUUAGAGAUCUUUAUUAUAUACAUACUUUUCCUCUAUCUUCCAAUCCUUUCAUUGAUUCUGCAAUAUAUUUCAUUGAUUCUGCAAUAUUCAGUGAUGCAAAAGAUAUGUGUAUCCUGCAAAAAAUACAUAUGAAAGAAGCGUAUAUCUCCAUUAGGAUUAUUUUAAACAUUUUAUCAGUAUUGAAGGUUGAAAUAAACCGUUAAGAAAGGGGCAAAAUAUAAAAAAAAAUCUUUAAUAUGGCAUUACGAACGAUCGGAUCAUAAAGAAAUCGUGAAUCCAACAUCGUUUCUACUGGCGACAUUUCCUGUGUAACUUUCCUGGAUAAUUGCUUUCGUAAAUAGAUUAUUGUGGGUCCCGUUGAUCGUCCUCGAUGUUCAGGUAUGUUCGCCUUACGAAAAUUGACAGCGCAUACGAUUGGGGGACCGAUUUGCGCGUCAUAAUACAAAGCACAUGUUUAAUAAGUAAAACUAAUAGCACUAUUUGCUGAUGUUAGAUUGUCCAAUAAAUUCAGAUGUUGAAUUUUUAACAGAGUGCGCCUUUUUCCAUAUAGUGUUGAAGGGAAUGUUGAAAGUAAAAGUUUUAAAACAAUCUCGCAGUUAGUACGCUAAACGAUUUUCGCGCGUAGAUUAUACAAGCUGUCACUCGUAGAGUGCAUUUCGAUAGAAUGCGAUAUAGCGAAUCGUGUAAUAUUUAUAUGUACAUAGUAAUGUUUGCGCUUCAUUCAUCGUAAUACAUGACUUUAUUUAAGUAAUCAUUACUAUUCGCCGAUAUAAUAUUCGAAAUAAAAAACACCUAUAAAAAGGUUAUAUA